AUGGAAUCAACGAAAACUUCUAAAAUGACGGUAACAACUCAAUCGGCCACAACCAACCUUCCUGACGACCAAUUUACUACAGACGAUUAUGCUGACUCGAUUCCUGCUGAUAUGUCUCCCAUAACAACCACGCCAACAUUGACUACAAAUACGGCAUCUGAUGACCAGUCUUAUACCGAUGACUAUACUGAUUCGAAUCCAGCUGAUAUAUCUCCCACGACAAGCAUGCCACCAUCGACUACAAACACGGCAUCCGAUGACCAGUCUUAUACCGAUGACUAUACUGCUUCGAAUCCAGCUGACAUAUCUCCCACGGCAACCACGGCACCAUCGACUACUAGCGCGUCAUCUGAUGAUCAGUCUUAUACCGAUGACUAUACUGAUUCGAAUCCAGCUGACGUAUCUCCCACGAUGACCACGGCACCAUCGACUACAAACACGGCAUCCGAUGACCAGUCUUAUACC